GAUACCUGUCACCAAAUAGCUUAUCAAACCCAACAAGAUGUCUAUUUCACCAAUUAUUACCUUCAAGGCGGGAAAGUGUGAUAUUGAUACAUCAACUACACCUCACAAAGUUAAGCCUGAACCAACUCCAGGUUAUAUCUACCUUUGGUCUGAAGAUGAUUUAAUUCAUUUCCAAUGGCGCGAAAGAAGCAAACCUAUGGAUGAUGAGGAUAACAUGGACUUGCUGUUACCACCAACCGAUGCCAUCUUUCAACCUUACGAUUCCAACCAAACCACUGAACCAACCGCAAAAACCAAUGGCCGCAUAUUCGUUCUCAAAUUUUCAUCCUCUUCUCAAAGACAUCUUUUCUGGAUGCAAUCAAAACCCCAAGCGCGAAACGGAGAUGCAAGUUGGUUUAGUCCCCGGGACUUGAAGAUUGGACAAAUUGUGAAUUCAUUAUUACAAGGAGAUGAAGUCGAUGUUGAACAGGAAAUCGCACAAGUGAGAGGAGACGAUGGAGGAAAUGACGAUCAGGACGAAACGAUGGAGGACGUUGAAGGUCAUGGUGAUUCAUCCGAACAGCAAGGUGGAAGUGGAGGUGCUGGUGCAGGAGCAACUGGUGGAGAUGUUAGGGAAGAGGGAGCUAGCUCAAGGGAGGCCGGAGCUGAUGGUGGAAGAGCGUAGGUUAAUUCUCAUCCAAUUUUUGCAAAGUACCCAAGCAUUUACACACGAGGCGUUUGGUUGGUACAUUGGAAGAUUCAACAAUAAUCGUACCGUAUUGUUCCUGUACUUCUAGACAUGCUGGUUCAGGGCCAUCAGAUGCUGCCUCGGUCGUUCAAAACUUUCUCAAUUCAUUGAAGGGUCCUGGGGGAGCUGGCAUGCAACAGCAAUCCCAAAGUCAAAUGUACACUACUUUACCGGACCUUUUACCAAACACGGUAACCAUUCCAUCGAUCGACGCUGCAACCCCAGCUCAAGUGGAUAAUCUCCUUAGCUAUCUUCCACCAACUAUCCUACAGCUUGCACAAGAAUCCGCAUCUUCCCUCGAAGGAAUGGCCGACGCAACUUCUGCGACUGCGAACGCUGCUAUGGAGGCUUUGAGUUUGGACCAAAAGAAGUCGGUAUUGAAGAGAGUAGUACGGAGUCCACAAUUUCAUCAAAGCUUAGGAAGUCUGACUAUGGCAAUUCGAGACGGUGGCUUGCCUAGUAUUGCAGAUGCUUUGGGAGUUGAGCUAAAGAAUAAUGGUUUAGUGAAGGGAGGAAGUGUUCCAUUGGGAGGUGGGGAAGCAGUUGAGGCAUUUGUUGACGGUGUUAAGAAGUCAGUAGAGAAGAAAUGAGCUACUUGAGUGUAGAUGUUAUUUUCCUCGGAGAGGUUUGUAAGAUACAAGGGAUAGAUGCGAUUAUGAGGUGGCCUAGAAGAUGAUACUAAUUCAUGAU